GGGCACUCCCGGACGGCGAGGACCCCGUGCUGCUCGCUCCCGCGCCGCCUGCCUUACGCGCUCGCGUGCGCGCUCUCGCUCCCUCCCCUCAGUAGCUCGGUGCGGAGGUAGCAGGAGCAGCGCAGGCGGCGGGGCCCGAGUCGGCUGAGGCGGCCAUUCCUAUAGCGAGAGCGCAGCGCACUGAGUCCCCCCUCCCCCGGGCCACUCGCGCACACGCAGAGAUGCCCUCGGCUACCAAUAGCACUAUGGCCAGCAGCAGCGGGAAAGCGGGGCCGGGCAGCGAGGCCGCCCCGGCGGCGGCGGCGGCAGCAGCCCCGCAGGCAUCGGGCGGCAGCAUCACCUCGGUGCAGACCGAGGCCAUGAAGCAGAUCCUGGGAGUGAUCGACAAAAAGCUGCGCAACCUGGAGAAGAAAAAGAGCAAACUUGAUGAUUAUCAGGAACGAAUGAAUAAAGGAGAACGUCUAAAUCAAGAUCAACUGGAUGCAGUGUCAAAGUAUCAGGAAGUGACAAAUAAUCUGGAAUUUGCUAAAGAACUGCAGAGGAGUUUUAUGGCUCUGAGCCAAGAUAUCCAGAAAACAAUAAAAAAAACAGCUCGCAGGGAGCAAUUGAUGCGAGAAGAAGCUGAGCAGAAACGUUUAAAGACUGUACUAGAAUUACAGUUUAUUUUGGAUAAGUUGGGUGAUGAUGAAGUACGCAACGACUUGAAACAAGGAUCAAAUGGAGUUCCGGUACUGACAGAAGAGGAGCUGACAACGCUGGAUGAAUUUUACAAGCUAGUUUACCCUGAACGGGACAUGAACGUGAGGUUGAAUGAGCAGUAUGAGCAAGCAUCUGUUCACCUGUGGGACUUACUGGAGGGGAAGGAAAAACCUGUUUGUGGAACAACCUAUAAAGCUCUAAAGGAGAUUGUUGAACGUAUUCUUCAAACAAGUUACUUCGAUAGCACCCAUAACCAUCAGAAUGGAUUGUGCGAGGAAGAAGAGACAGCACCCACACCUGCAGUGGAAGAUCCUGUAGUAGAAGCUGAACCUGAUCCAGCAGAAGAAUUUACUGAACCAACUGAAGUUGAAUCAACUGAGUAUGUAAACAGACAAUUCAUGGCAGAGACUCAGUUCAGCAGUAGUGAGAAGGAACAGGUAGAUGAGUGGACAGUUGAAACGGUUGAGGUUGUAAAUUCACUCCAGCAACAGACACAAGCUACGUCUCCUCCAGUUCCUGAACCUCACACGCUCACGACUGUGGCUCAGGCAGACCCUCUCGUUAGAAGACAGCGAGUACAGGACCUUAUGGCACAGAUGCAGGGCCCAUAUAACUUCAUGCAGGAUUCUAUGCUGGAGUUUGAGAACCAAGCACUUGAUCCUGCCAUUGUAUCUGCACAGCCCAUGAAUCCAGCACAGAAUUUGGACAUGCCACAGAUGGUUUGCCCUCCAGUUCAUGCGGAGUCAAGACUUGCCCAGCCCAGUCAAGUUCCUGUGCAACCAGAAGCUACACAGGUUCCCUUGGUCUCCUCUACAAGUGAGGGAUAUACAGCCUCCCAACCCAUGUAUCAGCCUUCUCACACAACAGAGCAACGGCCACAGAAAGAAUCAAUUGACCAGAUUCAGGCUUCGAUGUCACUGAAUGCAGACCAGACCCCAUCAUCAUCAUCACUUCCCACUGCAACCCAGCCCCAAGUGUUCCAGGCUGGAUCUAGCAAACCUUUGCAUAGCAGCGGAAUCAAUGUUAAUGCAGCUCCAUUCCAAUCCAUGCAAACAGUAUUCAAUAUGAAUGCACCUGUUCCUCCUGUCAAUGAGCCAGAAACCCUUAAGCAACAAAAUCAAUACCAGGCCAGUUACAACCAGAGUUUCUCCAGUCAGCCUCACCAAGUAGAACAAUCAGAUCUUCAGCAAGAACAGCUCCAGACCGUGGUUGGUACUUACCACGGUUCCCCGGACCAGACCCAUCAAGUGGCGGGUAACCACCAGCAACCUCCCCAGCAGAAUACUGGAUUUCCACGUAACAGUCAGCCUUACUAUAACAGUCGGGGAGUGUCUCGUGGUGGAUCACGUGGGGCUCGAGGCUUAAUGAACGGUUACAGGGGACCGGCAAAUGGGUUUAGAGGAGGAUAUGAUGGCUACCGUCCUUCAUUUUCCAACACUCCAAAUAGUGGUUACACGCAGCCCCAAUUUAAUGCUCCUCGGGAUUACUCCAACUACCAGCGGGAUGGCUAUCAACAAAACUUCAAGCGUGGCUCUGGACAAAGUGGACCUCGGGGAGCUCCACGAGGUCGUGGUGGGCCGCCAAGACCAAACAGAGGGAUGCCUCAAAUGAAUGCUCAGCAAGUGAAUUAAACAAGUUCACAGGAUUACAUUAAAUGCCAAAAACACACUGGCCAGUGUACUAUACAUGUUACCAGAAGAGUUAUUAUCUAUUUGUUCUCCCUUACAGGAAGUUUGUUGUAAAGGGACUAUUUUCAUUACCCAUAAUGACAGGACUACAGUUGCCAGCUUCAUAUUACCUGGAUAUGGAAAGAAACGAAAUGACGUUUACUCUGCAUGUUCUCUCCUAAGCAUCAUCUUGAGCCUUGCACAUGAGAUUCAGAUUCCUCACCCUUGCUAAGAGUAAAGCAAAAAAAGGCAAUUUUCAGGGUGAUCCAAUCUCCAUGGUUAACUGAAGUGGCAGGAAAAGCAAAGACUCACUUCUGACAUUUAAAAAUGAUGCAACAAUUUUGGAUAAAAUCUACAAAUUCCUUAAGAUUUACUUUGGUGGCAGUUGACAGAAUUUAAUGUUCCCGUGAAGGACAGAAAAAGUGAAGUGUGGCUUGGUAGAGCAACUGCAUUUCGGCUUUUUCUUGUUAAAUUAAAGCACUGAACAGUGAAAGAUGUGUAGUGGUGCAUAUAUCCCUAAAUAGACAAAUAGGCUUAUAGCUGGGUUUUGAUAACCAAGAAUCUCCUUUAGCUACAGCAAUCCCCGUGACCAGGGCCCUGUGUACUGUGGCAAAGGAUAUAAAAUCGCUUGCAUAACUGCUCAUGUAAUUGUAUAAAUUUAAAAACGACAUGAAAAACAACAAAUCUUUGAUUUGGCACUUCAACAAAAUUUUGCAACAAAUGUGAGCUAUAAUCUGGAUGGCCACUGUAUAUUUGAUGUGAAGUAUUUAGAUAUCUCUUUGGAACACAUUUAAGUUUCUUUGAUAGCAAUGACUUUUGUAAGGAUUGGUACUCUCUAUCAUUCCUUAUGACUUGCACAUUGUCUGUCACUAAUACUUGACCUUGCUAUAUUAUCACCUGAAUAACUGAUGCCGGUACUGAUGAAAAUCUCUAAUGGAUAAUCGUAACACUUUUGGUCACAUGUCCUCUUGUCUUUCCUGCAGCCUUGAAGGUUUUAAGAAAUCUCAAAAUGCCCGCUGCUGCUGCCCUUUUAAUUGCUAUCUUUUGAAAAGCACCAGUAUGUGUUUGAAUUGAUUUCCCCUUUUAAGGGAAAUGACAGCCAGCAGUUACAGUUCUAAUGGUAUAAGCAAGACAAAUAAAACAUGUUUAUAAAAAUUGUAUCCUGGAACACUGGUUUUCAACGACUGAAACAAAUUUAAUGUAAUGCGUGAAACUCAAGGUUUUUUUUCCUGAUAGAAUAGACAUAAACCCUCUUACUGCUUUUCUAACUUUAUUCUAAUAGCUGUGACUUGUUCUGGGAAACUUUUUUUUUAUGGACACUUUCCUUUUCAUCAAGGCAGCAAUGUAUAGAAGAAUUAGCAUAAGGCUAGGAGCUGGAAAAUACCAAGUCUUAUUAGAGUUUUACUGCAUACUUGUCAUAUAAUCUUUGGAAAAUCACUUGUGCCUACCUUUUGCGCACAUGCACUCUCUCUGCAGUGGGGAGAAUAUGUUGAUAGCUGCCUCCAUAGAGGUGUUAGUUGUUCUUUUGCAUUCUGUAGCACAUGCAAGUGCUAUAUGUUAAGUAUUGCUCAUCAAAGAAUUCCUACCUGUGGAAAGGUCACAUUAAGGAACAGCUACAUGUUGUUUAAAUGUUAUAUACAAACUUGAAGGUUGUUUUCAUGCAGAAAGUCAUUUCUACUUUGUAUCACAACUGAACUUUCAGAACUUUUAGGCAGAUUUUUUGACUUCAUUGUGAAAUAAUCUGAAACUCCAUAUAGAUAAGUGGUAAUUACGUUUUGACGUUAUGUGUGUGAAGAGCACAAAUGAGAAAUCUGUGUUUACUGAGAAAAGUCAUAAGCUUAUGAAGACAAUAUUACACACCAGACAUCUUGAAACGAUGCUAAUGGCUAGGAGGAGCAGUUUUAGUCAAGGCCUAGAAACAUUCCUUACCAGUGUAAUGUUAGAAACUGCAAUCCAGUGAGAAGUUUCAGUUCUGUGUCUUUUUUAGGAAGCUAUUACUGAGAUAAUAGUCCCAACUGUGGAUUUUUUUUUUUAAACUGGAAAUAUAAAAAGACAAACCUCUUAGUGUUGAACUGAUACAGAAAAACAGUGACUUAUUUUUUUGCAUCAGCUUACUUUUAAAUGGUUGGUAGAACACAAGCUAUUCAGCUUUUUCCGUUGCAUAUGAAAUGCUUCUUCAAUAGCUCAUUAUAGUUUCACAGUAAACUUGCAGCAUACUGAAUUAAAGACGUCUGAAUGGAUGAGAACAUUCCCCUUUAGGGUUUGGGUUGUUUUUAAACAUAACUUAAAUGUAUUAAUAAAACGUGGGUAGUCGUGGGGCCUCUAAUUUGAGGUGUAAGCUUUUCAUGUAUGAAAAUGGUCUUGAGUGUAGCUGUUCUACUGUAUGCUGAUAGAGGGAGAUGUGUUAUAAUAACAACCAUAAAACAAGUAAUUGGGACAUAGUUAAUUCGGGAAUCUGCCCAAACUCCUUUGCUCUCAAUAAAUGCAGCUAAUAGUGUACUGAGAUACUGCCUUGAAUCACAGUAUAGCACAUAGAUCCACUAUCUGGUUUUCAGGCCUAUUUAGGGGAUCUGCGUGUCAGCCUAAUGGUUAAUUGGACCUAUCCAUAGUCUUUUCUGCUAUACUUUCCCCCACUGCAGUGCAGGUGCAGAACUGCGCAUUUUAAAGAAUUAUAUUUAGAUAGAAAAUGGUGAAGAACUCUUUGGUAUCCACCCUCCCUAACUUAGCUCUAGAUCUGAGUUGCAUCCAGAUUGCAAGCACUUCUACAUACCUUUCCUUCUAAAAGACCUUGUUUUGAACAAUGACCAUAACAAGAAGUGAUCAUACUGAGGCAAAAUAGCGGCAGUUCUGGGCUCGUUCUGCUGUAGAGUCUUUUCUGGAUGCCAGGACAUGAACUGCUUUUAGUCUAGUGAGCUGCAGCUUUAGGGUUAGUCAAGCCUGAUGCCUGUGGUUGGAAAAGAGAGAGUGAGCUUAACAAAGCACUAUUCAUAAGCCUGUAUGUAGACACAUCACUUGCGCACCUUAUCUUUGGUGUUUUUAUUUGAUUCUUCUGUGAGUCAGUCUCCUAGGAAUGUAACAGACCAGUUAUGACUGGCUUCUGCAUAUACAACUACGAUGAGGAGAUAGUGUCGGGGUUUUUUUGUGUGUGUGUUUUUUUGUUUUUUUGUUUUUUUUUUUUCUGGAGCUUAUUUGUCUGAUAUUGCUAGGCUGUGAUAACAUGGUAGUAUGUGUUUGAGAACCAACUUUCAGCUUCAGUGUCUUAUUUCCUUUUGUCUGUAAUACAAUAAUACUUGAGUAAAUCAGUCAGAAAUGGCUCUAGAGUAUCCAGAUGUUUCUGUUUAAUGUUACUAUGUCUGGGAAACUCAGAUCCUUCCUAGGUAUCCCUCAACUUUUCAUAUUUAAUUCAAGAAUCAUAAAUUUCUGUCUCACACCUAAUGUCUGUUUUGUCCUAUGUUUUACUUGGAUGUUCUCCUUGUAUACUGGCUCUGUAAAGAAUUGUUCACCAGUACAACUUUCAGAUUUCACUAUAGAGAGUUUUAGACUUAUCCUCUGUUUUCUUUCCAAGAAACUGCCUUGUGUACAGCAAUCUCUAAAAUACUGUAUCAUCCAGACUAGCUGUGAGAGGGAUCUUGACUUCUUGUUAGCCAGUUAUGUAUUCUGCUGGUACUUUCUAACUUUCAGAGAGCUUCAUGACCUUAAGAACUUAUCUUCUAGGAAUGUCCUAUCUACCAUAUUUGCUAGAUAGGCAGAUAUAAUCCAGAUGACUGAUUUAUAGGUCACCUUCAUCCAUGUUGUCUUUGGAGAAUGGGUAUGAGGUCAAGCUUUCCUCUUUCCUCCAAAUGACAUUUGGAGAGGGAAAGGUAUUGAAAUAGUUUAACCCUAGAUGAAUACUGAGACGAUAAAUGAUACUGAGAAGGCAGCAAUUUCAUAUGAUUAGUUAAGCAAGCAGGGCAAAACCUCUGGAAUUCAGCAGAAUAAGAUACAAAACCAAUUGGUCAGAAAAAUCUUGGUCUUCCUAUUCUUUAUUCAAAGUCCUGGCACUGAGCUAGGUAAUUGAGUCUUCUUACCUCUUUGUAAGAAUGGUUACGAGUAGUCAUCUGAGAUGCAGAUGUUUGGGGUCAAUAUAAUGGACAGAGUUGUGCUGUAUUCAGUUUUCUGCCAUCCUGUGUCCUAUAGAUAGAGAGGGUCAUUAGCCAGCCCCAUUAAUGAGGCUAUUAAAAUUACAUCUUAGAAAAUACUGUACUGCACUGUACCCUUUUGCUCAUGAAAAACUGUUCUUGAAGAAGGUGUAUACGAAGUAUCCGAACAGAUACUUGAAGUUACAAAUUUAUAGAUGGGGUCAGGUUGAGGUUAGCAGCUAUAUGAAGAAGACUGUGUUUUAGUCUUGCAAAUCUAUGCACCUGUUUUUACAGUAUUCCCUCUGCAUUGAAUAUAGGUGGGGCUAUAGAGGUUUUUAAUCACUUGAACUGUCACCCAGUAAGUUUUAUGGAUGGGGGUGGGUUGGUAUUCUUUACCACUGAUUGACCUAAAGAUCAGUGCCUCGUGUAAAGAGCAACCAGGAAAUGAUACUGAACAAACUGUUCAUAAGAUUUUCCUUUUGAAUUUAUGAGGAAGUUAAUGUCCUCCCCCCACCCCCUUUUUUUUUAACCUGGGAUAAAAUAUAGGUAUGAUUUUCCUCUGGAACAUCAUUGGAAACUUAUACAUUGCAAGAUUUUGUAGUUUCCUGUAACUGUUUUUUUCUGAAUGACAAAAUUUCUUUAUAAACUCUGACUGUUCCAUCACAGCAACAGUGCCUGAAUGUUUGACCAGUCUCCUCAUAAUCUCAGAUUUCUUGGAUUCAGCUGUAGAAUGAAAUAAGCUUUGACAUUAAACUGAGGAGUUUUCCCAAAGUUAAUGUCAGAUUGACACUCAUGGCAGUCAUGAAUGAGGCUAAUCAUUUAAACUAUGAUUUUGUGCUUCUGUUUGGUCAAAUUGUCUUUGCAGGAGUAGGGAGAGGGGGAAGGGCCUUCAAACUCUCCAGGUUGCAGAUACUGCUUUUCUUUGCAUUCAGAUGUUUUUCAUCCCAAUCAAUACAUUUUCCAAGAGGAAAGCUUUCAUGCUUUUGAUAACCACUGCACCUGGCUGCUUAGGGAUUGACAUUACAUUCAAGUCACCAUUUACCAUUAAAGGGAAAGAAGGCAUCUGCAAUGAUAGCAAGGCUGUAGUGGACUCUUAAAGAAAUUAAUCUUUCUUCCUAUAUGUGAAAGAAAGCCCUGACCCUCAUUUACUUCUAUGAAAACUUAAAGCAGCAUCUUGGAUUUCUGUCUCUAUUUCUACAAAAUUUCAGGAACUGGGCAUUGUUGAAUUUUUGGUGUGCUGUGACAUGAGUUCCAUAAAAACAGGAAUCUCUGAAGCUAAUCCUCUAAAUGGCUUAUCUAAGGGAAGAGGUGCUAUUAAUUAACCACUUUUUUUCUUAGGCUUUUUGAGUAUAAUGAAAUUUAAAAUUUUUGUGGCUCUUUAGAUCAGGCCUUAAUGGAGAGAAGAAAAGCUGUUUUCCAAAAUCCACAUUCUAAACCAAUUUGACCAGUGUUGAAGAGAACUGUACUGGGAAAACUUCCAUCUAAUUUGACAGUUGCGACUCUUGUUCUGAAAUCAAAUUUAUCAGUGUUAGCUGUUGCUAUAUUAUUAUUCCAUUAACUUUAAAAGUUAGGUUGUUAUCCCCUGUCCUCCACCCUGUUUUUUCAUGUUAAUAAAAUAAUCGAAUGGGUGUAUUUACUUGGUUCCAACUAUUUUGGCCGAUUUCUCCUUUCCACAAUAUGUGCUUGAAUACCCAUUAGUGGAUUAAGAGUACACCUGAAACUUUUUUUUUAUAUAUAUUAAGAUAAAUUUUACUGAUUACUCAUUACUCUUAUUAAAUGAAAAUGUAUUUCUUCUCUAAAGCUAUUCAAUUUUAGAAUAAAUUUUAGUAAUGCGUCUACCAUAAAACAAGUCUUCAGAAUUACAUUUUAGUUGUCAGGUUCAAAUUUUCUGAUGGCCUUAAACGUAGCUGUAUAUACGUCUUUGCAGUUUUCGACUCUCCGUUUAAAACAAAUUGGUCCAUGGCUUAUGUAAACACUUGAAAAAUAAAUUAUUUAAAUGCUUUA